UCUCCAUGUAUAGAACAGAGGUUUGGUAGCAGAAUUCACUAAGUCCCUGCACAAGAUUUCAACCCAGUUAUAGUCAAACUGGUGAAGUAAUUGUCUGCACUCUCUCAACGAAAGCAGAGACCUCAGGAAGUCAAUGAUGACCAACAGACUGGAGCGAUCCAAUUCAACGCGAGGUGAAACUCUUUACAGAAUUCUACAUUUGUCAAGGAAAUCUUCACCAGAAGAGGUCAAAGCAGCAUAUAGAAAGCUGGCACUGAGGUACCAUCCAGAUAAAAAUCCAGAUGACCCCACAGCAGCUGAGAAAUUCAAGGAGAUAAACAGAGCCCACAGCAUCCUCUCUGAUGAAAAGAAGAAGCGCAUCUAUGACUCGUAUGGUUCAGCUGGGCUGCACGUGGCCUCCAUGCUAGGGGAGGAUGGGGAGAACUUCAUGGCCUCACAGAGCAACUGCUGCGUGAAGUUUGUGACCUAUUUCUGUACAAUCAUCACAUGCUGUUGCUGCUGCUUGUGUUGCUGUUUCUGCUGUGGUAAAUGUUUGCCAAAGGAUGAUAAAACCAAUAAUAUUCCAGAGGACAGUCCCAUAUACACAGAUGAUUCAAACCCUAUUCUGGUUCAACCAUACACUGUGAACAGAGAAACUAGUCCAUUAAGCCAAGAGUUUGAUCACAGCCAAAACACAGUUAAAUAAGAAGUGAGAUAUUUGUUUUCAAUGGAGAUUCCAGGCUGCCUCAACCCUUGAAAACUUGGAAGAGCUUUUACUAUAUGUCACUGUUCUCCAUCACCUAGCAUUUGAUAAAGAAAUCUUCAGGGCUUGAAAUACAGAAGACCAUUUGGUCCCUGAAGUUCAUUACAUUCACAGACCAUGUAAAAUCGACUCCAUCAUAGACUAUGGUCAUUCAGAGAUGCAAUUACAGUGGAAUGAAGAGUGUGUCCAAACCAGGUUUCUUCCUCCAGUCUCCAAAACCCAAAAUCACUCUUUCAUGCUCAAAACUAUUUGAAUCCUUAUGAAAAUCAUCUUUCCUCUGCAGGUAAACCAAAGCCUUGCUUCCUACAUCAUUAGCCACGAUCGUUUCAUUAUUCACACAGCUAAAGAAACAUCAACUUCCCUAGAGCACUUGACUAGAUCAGUUUUGGUUUACUGACUGAUUGAGUUCCCGUUCAUCUACUUCUUCUUUGACCUUGAAGGCUAAAUGAAAUUGGAUUGAGAGGUGGGAUUAGAAAUUCAGCUAGACACCUUCAAAACAAAACUGUGCUGUGAAACUGAAGGUUAGGUUAAUAUGAAGGAAAGGAAAAUUUGCACUCUCAUUAUAAGAAUUUUAUCACCUCGUUACUUGGCAGGAUUUUAUUCCCCUUAGCAUGUCUCUUCCAGUGUAAAAAUCCUACAUCAGCCGAAAUAGAACACACAAAAUCCAUCUGAAUUGAGGUUUUUAGUGUUUGAAAAACAUAUGCUUAUAGAACAACAAAAUUUUAUAAAAUCCAAUUCCCCUGAAACACUUCUAUUAAACGGACCAACAGCCAAAAUCAUUCUUUGUCCUCACUGAGAAUUGUAAUCUCCUACAUUCUCAAAUACAACCUCAUAUGUGUGCAUUGACUGAUUUGCUCAUAGGGAUUAGGGUCAUGUCCACUCUCAGCUUUUAGUCUCAGGACCUAUUCCAUAAUGCUGCUGGUAAUUUGUGUCACAUUUUACAGUGUGCUGCUCACUGCUGCACUAGGAGAUUACCUAAACCCCCUCCCCAUGGAGGGGACACUCCGUCUGCUUUUCUUUCAGUCCACAGGAACAGGCAGCUUACUUGGCAGGCUUCCCCAAAGUGUGACCAAUCAAAGGCUGUACUCAUGUUCUUAAUGAAACCUCCUUGGAACAAGACUUUCCCAGAUUCAUCUCACCCCUGGGAGCAUCCUCCCACCCCCUAUCUGUCAUUGCAGCAUCCAUUCAUAGGUUGCCAACACUCCCAAGAGUGACGUUUGCAUUGUGGCAUGUCUCUUUAAGAGCUGGUUGCAAAGACACAUCUGGAACAUGUCAA